GCGCGAGCUGCUUGUCGGAAUGAAGAAGCUUUGCACCGUAUCUGAAGAGGCGACCGCUGCGUGUUGAAAUAGGUGAAAAUGGACGACUGAUUAAAUGGCUGAAGGGUGACAAUUUCUGAACAUCCUUGGAAUCCGAAGACCAAUGUUCUGCUGAAAGAUUUACAGGCUUACAGACUGAUAAGUUUAAAAAGAAGCAUGGAUUUACCAAACAUCACUGCUACGGAUAAUCCCCAGGACACAGGGGGUCAGAGCACUUCAGGAAACGCUCUUCUCACCCUCACCCUGUCCCUGCUGGCAGUCAUGACCACCGGCAUCAACUCUCUGGUCAUUUCCGCCAUCGUCGUCACCCGGAAGCUCCACCAUCCCGCCAACUACCUGAUCUGCUCCCUGGCGGUCACUGACCUCCUGGUGGCCAUCUUGGUGAUGCCCUUCAGCAUCGUCUACAUCUCCACAGAGACCUGGCUCAUGGGCCGGGUGGUGUGCCACAUCUGGCUGGGCGUGGACGUCACCUGCUGCACAUGCUCCAUCUUGCACCUGGCCGCCAUCGCCGUGGACCGCUACCGGGCCAUCACGGACGCGGUGGAGUACUCCCGCAAGCGAACGUUCCGUCGGGCCGCCAUCAUGAUCGCGGCCGUCUGGCUCAUCUCCAUCCUCAUCUCGCUGCCCCCGCUGGUGUGGAGGAGCAGGGACGGGGAGAACGAGUGCAUCAUCCGGCACGACCAGGUGGCCUUCACCAUCUACUCCACCUUCGGCGCGUUCUACAUCCCACUGGGCCUCAUCCUCAUCCUUUACUACAAGAUCUAUCGAGCUGCCAAGACGCUCUACCACCGCAGGGGGACCAGCCGGCUUACCAAACAGGAGACUAACGGGACCACCCUGCCUAUCUGCCCGGACCGGGAACGUCAGAGCCCGGACACUGUUAGCCCGUUGGAUAAGUCCUUCUCGGAGCACUCGACAGAAGGGGAGCGUCCCCGCGGCACCAUAAAGAGCUUGCCCAGCAGCGAGUCGCGCCGGGAGAGGUCCUUCAAGGGACCCUGGAUCUCUGUCCCCCGUGAGAAGCGAGCAGCAACCAUGCUGGGGCUUAUCUUGGGGGCCUUCGUCAUCUGCUGGUUGCCCUUCUUCCUCAAAGAGGUGAUCGUCAACGUCUGCGCUUCGUGUGGCACCUCCGGGGCGACGGCCGAUUUCCUGACCUGGCUUGGGUACCUCAACUCCCUCAUCAACCCCCUCAUUUACACCAUCUUCAACGAGGAUUUCAAAAAGGCCUUCCAGAAACUGGUCAAGUGCAGGCAUUACCUUUGAUUGACAGAGAUGUUUGAGUGCCAUGGUCUGAAGUAGUGGAAUGUUUGUUUGGAUGUAAAACAAUGGCAUCAGAUGUGGUGUACAUAAUCUACAUUACAGCAGGAUAGUCUGU